UUAAAAUAUAAUAAAAUUGAGAGAAUAAAACGAUUAUACUAUUACGCGCGCAGAUACUUCCAAUGAAAUGAAAAGCGUUUUGAAAUUUGAAUGCGCGUCAAUGUGGAAAAUCGGCUUUUGAGCCUCCACGCGCCCCCUAGAGGAAACAUCAAUUAUUGUCUAGGAACAGCAGCAGCGCAAUGAAAGACACGCAGAGUCUCUGUAUGCGAAAAUAGCGGUGGGUCACUACAAAUCAAACGGACAGAGGGCGGGUAAACAGUCACCGGUGAGGGAAAUUUUCAUCUCAUCCGUUUGCUCGAUGGUGUCACGGCAGAGUCCAUCACAGAUCCAGUACGGGGUGCUUUGGGCCUGAAAAUGGACUCUAUUUCCCUGUUGGGCAGCAGCCCGGCCAGCACCAAAGUUUGCUUCCUACCCAAUGGGCUGAAGAACGGUUCCAACGAGGGAUCUGGCAAGCCCACAGUCGGCAUCAUCGGAUCUGGGGACUUCUCCAAAAGCCUGACCCUCCGGCUGCUCCGCAGUGGGUUUCACGUGGUGGUGGGGAGCCGACAGCCCAAGAGAGCGGCCGAGUCGUUCCCGCAUGUGGUAGACGUGACCCAUCACGAGGAUGCAGUGGGGAAGACCAACAUCGUGUUCCUGGCCAUUCGCCGAGAGCACUAUUCCUCUCUCUGGGACAUCAAGCACCUGCUGGCAGGGAAAAUACUGGUGGAUGUCAGCAACAACAGACGGGUGAACCAGUAUCCAGAAUCAAACGCAGAAUACCUAGCCUCCCUAUUCCCAGAAUCCAUCGUGGUCAAAGGCUUCAAUGUGAUCUCGUCCUGGGCCAUGCAGUCAGGCCCCAGAGACUCCAGUCGACAGGUGUAUAUUUGCAGUAAUUCGGCGGACGCUCGACAGCAGCUCAUUGAAAUGUCCCGUCAGCUCAGUUUCAUCCCUGUGGACAUGGGCACCCUCUCCUCUGCCAAGGAGAUCGAGAAUAUGCCACUGCAUCUCUUCACAGCCUGGAAAGGACCUGUUUUGACCACCGUCGCAUUGUCCAUCUUCUUUUUCGCUUACUCCUUUGUGCGGGACAUCAUCCAUCCUUAUAUGAAGACCAGACAGAGUUUUUUCUACAAGAUUCCUCUGGAAAUAGUGAACAGGACGCUGCCUGUAGUGGCCAUAGUUCUGCUAGCACUGGUGUAUUUGGCUGGACAGCUGGCUGCCGUGUACCAGCUGAUCUACGGGACGAAGUACCGGCGUUUCCCGUCCUGGUUGGAGGGCUGGCUGGAGAGCCGCAAACAGCUGGGUUUGUUGAGCUUCUUCUUUGGCUGCAUACACGUGCUGUACAGCCUCUGUCUGCCCAUGAGACGCUCCGAGAGAUACCUGAUGCUCAACAUGGCCUAUCAGCAGGUGCAUGCCAAUAUAGAGAACUCAUGGAACGAGGAGGAAGUUUGGAGAGUGGAGAUGUACGUUUCCUUUGGCAUCAUGGCUCUGGGGCUUCUCUCUCUAUUAGCUGUCACUUCCAUCCCAUCCAUCCACAACGCGCUCAACUGGAGAGAGUUUAGCUUUAUCCAGUCUACCCUAGGUUACAUCGCACUGCUCAUUUCCACGUUCCACGCUCUGCUCUUUGGCUGGCAGCGGGCAUUUCUGGAGGAGUCUUACCGUUUCUACAUGCCACCUAAUUUUGUCCUGGCUUUGGUUCUACCCGUCACGGUGAUAAUCGGAAAAGUGGUGUUGCUGCUUCCCUGUGUGAGCCGGAAGCUGAAACAGAUCAGGCGUGGAUUAGACCCCAGUCAGAGCCGUACCAACCACGAGAGACCAGCAGCCCACGUUUCACCCGAGAGGGUCACCAUCAUGUAACUCCACCACUAGUUAUUUGAUAUCACCCUAACGUGAACUCUCCGUCUUUUGUUUCUAGUUGUGCUUAUCAUACUCAUAAUACCCGACCACUGUACAGCCCAUCUGUAAGGUGACAUGUCAGCUGCUUUUUUGGAUAAGGGACUAAAAGGUUUGUUUGUAAUUAGUAUUCGGUUCCAGAUGAUGAAUAGGAGUUCAGUUGGAACUGCACUGGUCAUGUGACCUCAAUUACCCCUUGAAGGAGGAUGUCAUGUGACUGGAUGACCUGAUCAAGAGCUUUAUUGUAUCCCAAACUUCUUAUUUACACACACACACACACACACACACUACCGGUAAAAUAUUUUGGGUUGGUAAAUAGUCUCCUAUACUUACCAAGGCUGCACUUAUUUUAUUAAAGUACAAUAAAAUAGUAAUAUUGUGAAAUAUUAUUCAAAUAUUUUAAUAUAUUUUAAAAUGCGCUGGCAAAAUAACCCAAUCUAACUAAAAUAAUUCUAGUUUGCUGAUUUUUGUGCUCAAGAAAUGUGUAUUAUUAUUAUUGUGCUGCUCAAUAUUUUUGUGGAAAAGCUUUAACAUAGCUUUACAGCAAAUACGUAAAGGUUUCGGCAAAAAUACCACAUAACAAUAGCUUUAGCUUUAACAAUAGCUAGAAAAUGACCUUAAGUGGUGUCAAGAUGUUCCCAAGCUCCAUCCUGGUAUGGAAACACCCUCUUUUCUCUAUCCAAUCAAUUCCAAAUGGGAGUUUGGAAAAGAAAUCAGGUUAAAUUGGACCAUUUUUUUUACCAUUGGAUUAAUUACAUUCACAAAACAUUCACACUGACAUCAUGUCAGCCCAACAUGUCAUAAUGUUAGUGUUACACCAAAUCUGUUUUAACAUCUGUACAGGAAAAGCAAUCCCACGAAAUGCUAAACCACUGGAAAUGACCUGCACAGACUCACUGAUAAACAUCUCAUGGUAAAAGACAGCUCUUAUUUCUGCACUGUUUCUUGUGACGUGUUCUGAAAACUGUUUUGUGUCACUUGUCUUGUUGCACAACACUACCGUAUCUCUGCCUACGGUGUGUUGCUUUUUGGUAGAAUGUGAACACAAACUUCUGUGCCUCACUUGAUGCUUGGAGUGAGUACCAAUAAAUACAAUACAUCU